UGACGAAGCCCCUUCCCACUCUCAAGAUUUGGCGUGAAAACUGCUCGAAUCACACGAGAAGCCAUUCGAGAUCGAGAGCACGAUCAGGAGGCAUGCCUUCACUCUCCUCUCUCAAAAACAGAGUCAGCGCCGCCAUCCCCCAGCCGCGCCCGGGAGGUAUCGGCGGCCGGGCCCAAAGCGGCGAUCAACAGCGGAAACCCGAGGAUGACCAGUCGCUGGGGACUCUCCUCACGCGUGAGGAGCGGGCGGACUUGACACUCCUCAUCUCUCAGACCAUCGAGGAGAUGAGGAGGGGUCUCGUGAGGACUUUUGACGAGAGGCCGAAACCCAAACCGAAGGGGGCUCCUGCUGUGGGUGAAGCGGAGGCAGAACAGGCCACCGUCGAGGUCUCGAAGUUGAGCUUGUCAGAGGGGCAGAGGAAGGAGAUCGACGACCAGUUCAAAGGAAGUCGGACCGAAGGUCAAGAGGUGCAAGACGAGGAUGAGCCAGGAGUUGACGCGGAACCAGACACGCUACUGACUACGCCCACUCCUGAAGCCAAGGCGCUGAGGAGUGCGGCUUUGACAUUUUUCGACGCCUGGGCUGAAAGUGUCAUCCUCCGCGUCGGCGAGGUCGUUAAUUCGCGCGACGAGGCCGCGCAGGAUAAGAACCGUGACCAAACCCGCAAACUGGCGACCGAGGCCGCAAAGCAGCAGUACCAACCGACCCCUCGCGAACAGGAAGCGGACAGCAAGCUCUCCAAGGUGUUCCCGCCCAUACAGACACCGCUUGCCAAUCUCAGCCAAGGCGAACGCUCCACGAUCAUCAAGGCAAUCCUUCUGCUCCUGCUUAGUCUCGAAGCAUACCGCGCCCAUUCCCGCGUCCUCCUGGUGCGGCUCGCGAUCUCGCUCGGCGUCAACGGGGGAGAAGUCUCCCAGAUGGAGAAAGACACAGCGUAUGGCCUUCUGACGGCCGCGGCGAAAAUGGACGCCAGCGAAUCCACCCAGAAGGCCCAACAGGCAUCGUCCACGGCGAGGAAGUGGAAGAUCGGGGUCGCGGGCGUGGCCGGAGCCGCGUUGAUCGGCAUCACCGGCGGUCUGGCUGCUCCGCUGCUGGCGGCUGGGGUGGGCACGCUGAUGGGCGGGUUAGGGCUGGGAGCCACGGCCGCAGCAGGGUAUUUGGGCGCGCUGGCGGGGAGCUCGGUGCUUGUAGGGGGCUUAUUUGGAGCUUAUGGGGCGCGGAUGACGAGUCAGGCGAUGGACAAGUACUCGAAGGAGAUCGACGACUUUGCCUUCCUGCCCACCAACGGCGGGGAGGACGACGCGGAGGAAGUCCAGAAGCAACGGCGGCGGCUGCGGAUCACGGUCGGGGUCUCCGGGUGGCUGACCGAGGAGGAGCAGGUGACGCUGCCGUGGCGCGUGCUGGGCGAGGCCGGCGAGCCGUUCGCGCUGCGGUGGGAGCUGCAGGCGCUGCUGAACCUGGGGUCGGCGCUGCGGGACCUGGUGGUCAGCCAGGCGUGGUCGCAGCUGCGGCGCGAGCUGAUCAAGCGCACCGUGUUCGCGGCCGUGUGGUCGGCCGUCAUGGCGCCGCUGGCGAUCCGCAAGGCCGUCAAGCUGGUCGACUCGCCGUUCGGGGUCGCCAAGAACCGCGCCGUCAAGGCCGGCGAGGUGCUCGCCGACGCGCUCAUCCACCGCGUCCAGGGCGAGCGGCCCGUCUCGCUGGUCGGCGCGUCGCUGGGCGCCCGCGUCGUCUACUCGUGCCUGCUGACGCUGGCCAAGCGCGAGGCCUUCGGGCUGGUCGACCACGCCGUGCUCUUGGGCAGCCCCGUGCCCGCCGACGCCGCGCAGUGGCGCGCCAUGCGCGCCGUCGUCGCCGGCCGCCUCGUCAACGUGUCCUCGCGCCAGGACUACAUCCUCGCCUUCCUGUACCGCACCAGCAGCGCCCAGCUCUCCGUCGCCGGCCUCCAGGACAUCGAGGGCGUCGUCGGCGUCGAGAACUUCGACCUCUCCGACCGCGUCUCCGGCCACCUCAAGUACAUGCACAUGACGGGCCCGAUCUUGCGCGAGAUCGGAUGGGCCGACCUCGACGAGGCCGUCCUCCGCCGCGAGGAGAUGUUGGUCCGCCAGAUCGACCAGGAGGAGAGGGAGGUCGAGGAGCAGCAGGGCAAUGAUCCGGAAAAGGUCGGCGUAUGAACCAAACAGGCGUCAUCGUCAUCGUCAGACUCUAGUCGUCCCCCUCCCGUCCUCGAGCCUCGCAAACAAAUUGUCGACCCAUCGAGCACCGGUGAGCGACCUGCAUGGUCUGCACUACCUGCACUAUUCCUUCACAGCCCAUUUCCAAGUGCCACCCGCUCCACACUACGAAAGGAAAUGAAAUCGAGAUAGAGGAACCCAUCUCCUAUGGGUAGAGGUAGAUGGAAGGGUACACACAUACAUAUACCGGCUAGACUCUCCAGUUGUCAGUAGAUGAAACCCAACCAAGACGAUAAAAAGUA